AGGGACCUGUUACACUCCCAACACCGCCUUAUUCCGUCUCAUAACAACUUUUCUUCGCCAAUUAUUGUCACGUUUAUUAUUAUUAUUGCAUUUUGCUUCAGAUUCAUUUUCUUUUAAAUUAAUUCACUUGCCACUGUUGUUGAAAGUAACCAAACGACUCAUAACGCUUCAAUAUACAGAGAACUCUUCUUGUGAGGUGAUAAAGCUCUGGUCAUAUGGCCUAAUCAUAAGCAUUUCUCAGAAGAUGGUGAGAAUGAUCAAGAUGAAAUCCUGUUUGGAUGCCUUCCGCUAUUUGUCAUCAGUAGCAACACUCAGGUCUUAUGAACAUGUGAAUACAAAACGCCUGUACCUUGCGGGUCUCACCACUGGGGUUUUCACAACCUGGGGCAUGUUCUAUAGAAAUGUGUCUAUGGCAGCAGCAGUGUCUGAUAUCGGUACGGAAUCCCGAUCCAAGUGGAUGGCAGAUCCUGUUACCAAUAUGGAAGAAUUGGAAAAGACUCCUAAUUCCAUGAGACACAGGAUGGAAACCCUCAUCAUGAGAAUUCAGGGUGAAGUUUGCCAUGCUCUUGAAGAACUGGACGGUGAAAAGAAAUUCCAGGUCGAUAAAUGGGAAAGAAACGAAAUAGAUGGUGGUGGCGGCAUAACUUGUAUCCUACAAGAUGGAACUGUGUUCGAGAAAGCUGGAGUCAAUAUCUCUGUUGUUAGAGGUAAACUACCAGUAGAAGCUGUUCGUCAGAUGAGAGCAAGAGGCAAAGACCUAAGUGAUUCUCCUCUGCCAUUCUUUGCUUGUGGUGUCAGUUCUGUUGUUCAUCCUGUCAAUCCCCAUGUGCCUACAAUACACUUUAAUUACCGGUACUUUGAAACUGUUUCUGAGGACGGUAAAGUCAACUGGUGGUUUGGGGGAGGCACUGACCUCACCCCUAUGUAUCUGGAAAAGAAAGAUGUUUCCCACUUUCACAAGACCUUAAAAGCUGCAUGCGACGAGCACAGUGAGUCGUACUACCCCACCUUCAAGAAAUGGUGUGAUAAUUACUUCUUCCUUCCACACAGAGGUGAAUGCCGAGGUGUUGGAGGAAUAUUCUUUGACGAUUUAAAUGACAGGAGCCCAGAUGAGAUCUUUAGUUUUGUUAAGAGUUGUGCUGAAGCUGUUGUGCCUUCUUAUGAACCAAUUGUCAAACGAAACUACAAGAGAUCAUAUUCAUAUAUGGAACGACAAUGGCAGUUGUUAAGAAGAGGACGUUAUGUUGAAUUCAACUUGAUUUAUGACCGAGGAACCAAAUUUGGUCUGAACACACCGAAUGCUCGCUAUGAAAGUAUCCUUAUGUCUUUGCCACUCUAUGCAAAAUGGCUAUAUUGUCAUAAUCCAGAACCUGGUUCAAAGGAAGAAGAAAUCACCUCUGUUCUUAAAGAACCCAAGAAUUGGGCUUAAAUUCCACUUUAUAUCCUAAAUUUAUACUCGUUACAAUAGAAUGUAUUUAUAUAUAAUAAAAGAAAAUUAAAAUCCA